AGUUAAACCCAACAUCAACAAUUGACUCAUUACAAAAAGCAAACCCAUUUCAGGCCUCUUUAAUAGACCCCUCUCUGUUCUAUAAAUUCAUCGUCCUAGUUAACAAACAAAAAUAUUGUAAGUUUGAACUCUCAGUAGUGGAUUGUGAGGUCAAUCUAAAAGGCUUAUUUCCUGAUACUCCCCUCCAAAAAAUGGAUGAGAGCAAUUAUUACUUCAUGAAUAGGAGCCACAUUCCAGCAUUUGGUAGCUGGGAUUGUAACGAUGAUUUCCCAGUUCCUUUCACGGAAUGCUUUGAAUCAGCUAGACAAGCUGAUUUGUUUCGUUACAGCUACUCUAACGAUCGUGAUUUAUACGUAGCGGGUGAUCUCUACCAGAACGACAUUGUCACUCCAGCCAUGAUCGUCGUUCCUCGUCGUAAGAGAAAAGCAAGUACUAGUAAUGAAGUUGGAGGAAAGAAGGACGCGUGGGUGGUACGCGAUUAUGAAUAUGAUGUGAAAAAAGCAGCAACUCCAUCUCCUCCACCACCACCACCUAAAAGGGCAGUAGAUGAAGAUCUUUACAAGAUUUCCCCUGAAUUGCUCUACCCUAAGCCUAAAAGGAAAGGCGUUAGGGGAUUCUUUUCGAUGUGCCUGCGGCCAACUUGUGCUUCUUGAUCCUGAAAGAGCUUAAAGCUGCUUGCAAACAAACAAAGAUUCAGAACCUAUAGGACUAGCUAGUAAUUUCAUAUUUUGAAUACUAGUUUCAUUGUCUAUAUUCUAAAAGAACUUUGUAUAGAGUUGUUUGAAGUAUUUCUUGGGUUUUUUUAACGAGUAGUACAAAGUGGCCCAAAAACAGAUAGAAUGUUGGCCAGCCCAAGAAGAUAAAUAUCCAUCAUUGUCUUAUGAUGACCACUAAGAAGCUUUGUUUAGUCUCUACUCUAUUGCUGGUAUAUGUGUUUUCUUUUGGAAGUA